AUGCAGACGGUUUUGGCAAGUGCUACUCUUUACGUACCAACUGAUGUCCUCGCGUCAUGUGGGUACUCCAAUAUCACAGAGGCGCAAACAGCCUUCUUCAACAAGGCCCUACUACUGCACGACUUUCAAUGUGAGAAGAGCCAGUUGUGUCUGCUUCAGGGAUCUCUAAUAUUGGGUACAACUGCAUUCUUUUACCCAAUUGAUCGAGACGUUCAUUACUGGUUCUUCAACGCGGUCCGGCUUGCCACAAAGCUGGAACUGCAAAAGCUGUGA